GUCCCCGUUUAUCUGUUAUCUUCUACAUCACUGCUGUUGAUUGUGUCUCCUAUCAGUGAGGAUGUAUGUAAACGUGGGUUUACUGUCAUCAUCGACAUGCGUGGUUCUAAGUGGGAACUGAUCAAGCCUCUGCUGAAGACGCUUCAGGAGUUUUUCCCUGCUGAAAUCUGUGUCGCGCUCAUCAUCAAACCGGACAACUUCUGGCAGAAACAGAAGACGAACUUCGGCAGUGCAAAGUUCUCCUUUGAGACUAGCAUGGUGUCAGUUGAAGGUCUGGCCAAACUGGUGGAUCCCUCCCAGCUGACGGACGACUUUGAAGGCUCUCUGGACUACAACCACGAGGAGUGGAUGGAGCUGAGAGUCUCUCUGGAGGAGUUCAUGUCCAAUGCUGUUCACCUGUUGUCUAAACUGGAGGACUUGCAGGAGCUUCUGUCCAAGAAGGAGUUUCCUGCAGACGUGGAGGGAUCUCGUCGGUUGAUAGAGGAGCACACGCAACUAAAGAAAAAGGUGCUGAAGGCUCCAGUGGAGGAGUUGGACCGGGAAGGCCAGAGGUUGCUGCAGUGUAUCCGAUCCAGUGAUGGUUUUUCAGGAAAGAACUGCAUCUCAGGUUCUGCUGACUUCCAGAGCUUGGUGCCCAAGGUGGCCAGUCUACUGGAUAAGCUCCACUCCACGAGGCAGCAUCUCCAUCAGAUGUGGCACGUCAGGAAACUGAAGCUAGACCAGUGUUUCCAGCUCCGCCUCUUUGAACAGGACGCAGAGAAGAUGUUUGACUGGAUCAGCCACAACAAGGAAGUGUUCCUGCAGAGUCACACAGAGAUUGGCCGAGCUUACCAACAUGCUGUGGAGCUGCAGACUCAACACAACCACUUUGCCAUGAACUCUAUGAAUGCCUAUGUAAAUAUCAACAGAAUCAUGUCAGUCGCGAGCCGUCUGGCCGAGGCCAGUCACUACGCCUCCACACAAAUAAAACAGAUCUCAGGUCAGCUGGAUCAGGACUGGAAAAGUUUUGCUGCUGCACUUGACGAGCGCUCCACCAUCCUCGCCAUGUCGUCUGUCUUUCACCAGAAGGCUGAACAGUUCCUGUCGGAGGUGGAGGCCUGGUGUAAAGUCUGCAGUGAGGGAGGGUUACCGUCCGAAAUGCAGGAGCUGGAAAUCGCUAUCCACCGCCAUCAGAGCCUGUACGAGCAAGUCACCCAGGCUUACACUGAGGUGAGUCAGGACGGUAAAGCCCUACUGGAUGUCCUCCAGAGGCCCCUGGGUCCUGGCAAUUCUGAUUCGCUGACAGCCACUGCCAAUUACUCCAAAGCGGUUCAUUGCAUCCUGGAUGUGGUUCAUGAGGUUCUCCACCAUCAGCGGCGGCUGGAAAAUAUUUGGCAGCAUCGAAAGGUCCGACUCCACCAGAGACUGCAGCUGUGUGUUUUCCAGCAAGAUGUCCAGCAGGUGAUGGACUGGAUAGAAAACCAUGGCGAGGCUUUCCUCAGCAAACACACUGGUGUUGGGAAAUCCCUCCACAGAGCCCGAGCCCUGCAGAAAAGACACGACGACUUUGAAGACGUAGCUCAGAACACGUACACUAAUGCAGACAAGCUGCUCGAGGCAGCUGAGCAGCUGGCUCAGACCGGAGAGUGCGACCCAGAGGAAAUCUACAAGGCAGCCAGACACCUGGAAGUCCGAAUCCAGGAUUUCGUCCGCCGUGUCGAACACAGGAAGCUUCUGCUCGACAUGUCUGUCUCCUUCCACACGCACACCAAGGAGCUGUGGUCGUGGAUGGAAGAGCUGCAGAAGCAGCUGCUGGACGAAGUAUGCUGCGAUUCAGUGGAUUCUGUUCAGACUCUGAUCCAGCAGUUUCAGCAGCAGCAGACGGCCACACUGGAAGCAACGCUCAAUGUGAUUAAAGAGGGAGAGGAAUUAAUACAGCAGCUCAGAGAUGCAGCCAUGUCGACCAACAAGACACCACACUGCAGUUCCAUUGCACACAUCCAGGGGGUGCUGCAGCAGCUUGACGAGGCCCAGGGCCAGAUGGAGGAACUCUUCCACGAACGCAAAAUCAAGCUAGACAUCUUUCUCCAGCUACGCAUAUUUGAGCAGUAUACUAUAGAAGUCACAGCGGAGUUGGACGCCUGGAACGAGGAUUUGUCUCGUCAGCUGAGCGAUGCCGGCCGCUCAGGCGGUAGCAGUAGCAGCAGCAGUGGGGGAGGCGGUGCCUCCUCUGGCAGCGCAGAGGACAUCGGCCUGGCAGAGCAGCGGCUGAAACGACACGCAGAGAGGAAGGCAGCCAUGAACAACAUGACUUAUGAAGUGAUGCAGCAGGGUCAAGACCUGCACCAGUACAUCAUGGAGGUCCAGGCUUCAGGGAUCGAGCUGACAGGGGAGAAGGACAUGGACUUGGCCGCACAGGUUCAGGAGCUGUUGGAGUUCCUCCAUGAGAAGCAGCAAGAGGUGGAGCUCAACGCGCAACACACGCACACACGGCUGGAACAGUGCCUGCAGCUACGCCACCUACAGGCCGAGGUCAAACAGGUGUUGGGUUGGAUUCGUAAUGGUGAGUCCAUGUUGAAUGCCAGCAUGGUGAAUGCCAGCUCUCUGUCUGAGGCUGAGCAGCUGCAAAGGGAACAUGAACAGUUCCAGAUGGCUAUAGAGUCUCUCUUCCAUGCUAACUCUCUUCAGAAGACUCAUCAGAGCGCUCUGCAGGUCCAGCAAAAAGCUGAGAUGGUGCUGCAGGCAGGUCACUAUGAUCCAGAGGCAAUUCGAAGCUGUGCUGAGAAAGUGGCGGUUCAUUGGCAGCAGUUGAUGCUGAAGAUGGAGGACCGCCUGAAGCUUGUGAAUGCAUCUGUGGCCUUCUACAAGACAUCUGAACAGGUGUGCAGUGUGCUAGAGAGCCUGGAGCAGGAGUAUCGGCGGGAUGAAGACUGGUGUGGCAGUCAUGAUAAACUGGGAAUGUCGGCCGACUGUGACCACCUUCUACCUCUGAUCAGCAAACACCUGGAGCAGAAAGAAGCCUUUCUCAAGGCGUGCACUCUGGCCCGGAGGAACGCUGAGGUGUUUCUGAAGUACAUCCACAGGAACAAUGUGAGCAUGCCUGGAGCCACCAGUCAUGCCAGAGGGCCUGAACAACAAGUUAAAGCCAUUUUGAAUGAGCUGCUGCAGAGAGAGAACAGAGUCCUUCACUUCUGGACGUUGAAGAAACGACGGCUGGACCAGUGUCAGCAGUAUCUGGUGUUUGAACGCAGCGCCAAACAGGCACUGGAUUGGAUCCAAGAGACAGGUGAAGUUUACCUUGCCACACACACGUCACCUGGAGACAGCAGUGAGGAAACACAGCAGCUCCUCAAUAACUAUCAUCACUUCAGACUUACUGCUAAGCAAACCAAGGAGAAGGUGAAGCUGCUGAUCCAGUUGGCGGACAACCUGGUGGAGAAAGGCCAUGCCCACGUGUCGGAGCUGAAGCGCUGGGUCAGCACAGUGGAUCGCAGAUACCGCGACUUCUCCCUACGCAUGGCCAAAUACCAGGAGAGCCUAGAAAGGAGCCUGGGAGUCAGCUCUGAGGAUAAUAAAGACUUGGAGUUGGACAUUAUCCCUGCAAGCCUGACUGACGACCCUGAGGUCAAACUUCGUGACCCCAACCACGAGGUCAAUGAGGAAAAGAGGAAGUCCGCCAGGAAGAAAGAGUUCAUCAUGGCAGAGCUACUGCAGACAGAGAAGACCUACGUCCGAGAUCUCCACGAGUGUCUAGAGACCUACCUGUGGGAGAUGACCAGUGGUGUGGAGGAGAUUCCUCCAGGGAUCGCCAACAAGGAGCAUAUCAUCUUCGGCAACAUGCAGGACAUCUGUGACUUCCACAACAAUAUUUUCCUGAAGGAGCUGGUGAACUAUGAGCAGCUACCAGAGGAUGUCGGUCACUGCUUCGUCACAUGGGCUGAUAAAUUCCACAUUUAUGUAGAUUACUGUAAGAACAAACCAGACUCCAGUCAGCUCAUACUGGAGCAUGCUGGCAGCUUCUUCGAUGACAUUCAGCAGAGACGUGGACUGGCAAACUCCAUCUCCUCCUACCUCAUCAAACCGGUCCAGAGGAUCACCAAGUACCAACUACUGCUUAAGGAGUUACUGUCUUGUUGUGAGGAGGGUAAAGGGGAGAUUAAAGAUGGCUUAGAGGUGAUGCUCAGUGUUCCUAAGAGAGCUAAUGAUGCCAUGCAUCUCGCCAUGUUGGAGGGAUUUGAGGAAAACCUGGAGGUGCAGGGUGAGCUCAUCCUGCAGGACAGUUUCCAGGUUUGGGAUCCACGCUCGCUGAUCAGGAAGGGGCGGGACCGACACCUCUUCCUGUUUGAGUUCUCUCUGGUCUUUAGCAAGGAGAUCAAAGACUCAGCUGGCAGAACCAAAUACCAGUACAAGAACAGACUGCUGACGUCAGAGUUGGGGGUGACUGAGCACAUUGAGGGCGAUUCAUGUAAAUUUGCUUUGUGGGCAGGAAGAACCCCUUCCUCUGAUAAUAAAACUGUGCUAAAGGCGUCCAAUAUGGAAGCUAAACAGGAGUGGAUUAAAAAUAUCAGGGAGGUGAUCCAGGAGAGGAUGACUCACCUGAAGGGGGCGCUCAAGGAGCCUGUUCAUCUGCCUAAAACACCAGCACUUACUAAACCCAGGAAUAACACUAAGAGGGAGGGAGGUGAAGAUGGAGACAGUCAGGGAGACGGCAGCAGCCAGCCAGAUACCAUCUCCAUCGCCUCCAGGACGUCCCAGAACACUGUAGACAGCGACAAGCUCUCUGGUGGUUGUGAGUUGACAGUCGUCCUUCAGGACUUCACAGCAGGAUGCAGCACAGAGAUGUCUGUCAGCACCGGCCAGACGGUGGAGCUGUUGGAGCGGCCGAGCGAGCGGCCAGGUUGGUGUCUGGUUCGAACCACUGACCGCAGCCCACCACAGGAGGGAUUGGUUCCCAGCGCCACACUGUGUGUGUCCCAUUCGCGCUCCAGCGUGGAGAUGGACUGCUUCUUCAGCUCAGGGAAAGAAAACUAUCCCGUUAGCAGCUGUGAUGGAAAGACAGAGUCAGUGGCGAACCUUCAGCCGCAGCCAUCCCUCAGCUCGCUGCAGUCCAGCUCUCCUGGACCCAAACGCUCUGGAAACACUCUGAGAAAAUGGUUGACCAGUCCAGUCCGCCGCCUCAGCCAUGGCAGCUCUGUCAAGAAACUCCCCAAUAACAAACAGAAGAAGACUGGAUCAGGAAGAGAGGAGAGCAGGAAGAGUAUUGAUCUUGGACAGCCUGACCUGCACGAUGACAUCAUCGAUGAGGGAGUCCUCAGUAAGGAUGGGAACAUCCUCUCUAAGACGUCCUCGGGAAUGCAGAGCGGCGGGGAGGAGGAGCAGGAUGAGGAGGCUCACACCCCUCUGCCUCCCCCCAUGGAAAUCAUCAAAGACCCUUCAGCUCAGGACGACAAGUCUUCAUCCUUGCUAACGUCUCUGCAGUCGUCCUCUGAGGUGCCCAGCGCUGCAGAGCUGGUUAGCGCCAUAGAAAAACUUGUUAAAACCAAGAUGACUCUGGAACCAGGAGCGUACCCCGGCUUCACCACUCUCUCCCCUCCAGAGCCAACCACUCCUGUCCAGCCACGAAACCCUGAACUGGAGCAAAGAGCCAAAGCUAUGAGAGGACGGAUGUUUGUUCUGAACGAGCUGAUUCAGACUGAGAAGGACUACGUCAAAGACCUGGGCAUCGUGGUGGAGAGCUUCAUGAAGAAGAUGGAGGAAAAGGGCAUCCCUGAUGACAUGAAAGGAAAAGACAAGAUCGUCUUUGGGAACAUCCACCAGAUCUACGACUGGCACAGAGAUUUCUUCGUGGGAGAGCUGGAGAAAUGUCUGGACGACCAUGAACACCUUCCUGAGCUCUUCAUCAAACAUGAGAGAAGACUGCACAUGUAUGUGGUUUAUUGUCAGAAUAAGCCUAAGUCAGAGUUCAUCGUAGCAGAAUAUGACACAUAUUUUGAUGGAAUCCAGCACGACAUCCAGUCCAGGUUGUCCAUCAGUGACUUCCUCAUCAAACCAAUCCAGAGAAUCACCAAAUACCAGCUGCUACUGAAGGACUUCCUGAAGUUCAGCUGCAAGGCAGGAAUGGACACCGAACAAAUUGAGAAAGCAGUAGAUUUGAUGUCCCAAGUCCCUAAACUGUGUAAUGACAUGAUGAAUUUGGGACGGCUGCAGGGAUAUGAGGGUAAACUAACCAGUCAGGGCAAACUGCUGCAGCAAGAAACCUUCUUUGUAACAGAGCAGGACGCCGGUGUCCUAUCGCGCUCCAAAGAACGACGAGUUUUCCUCUUCGAGCAGAUAGUCAUCUUCAGUGAGCUGCUCAGGAAAGGAUCAUCCAUACCUGGAUACCAGUUCAAGAAGAGCAUCAAGGUAUCCUACCUGGGUCUGGAGGAGAGCGUGGAUAACGAUCCCUGUAAGUUUGUCUUGACGUGUCGCGGCUCAUCGGAGCGUUUCACUCUGCAGGCCGCCAACGUUGACAUCAAGCAGGUCUGGGUCAGACACAUCCAGGAAGUUCUGGAUGCUCAGAGCAACUUCCUGUUUGCUCUUCAGUCUCCCAUCGAGUACCAGAAGGAGAAGAGCGCAGUAUGCCACAGCUCCUCACUGACCAGAAACCGCUCAUUCUCGGGGAACCGGCCCGCUACACCCUCUCACAGCCGUCCGUCCUCGGCGGUCGGGCUUGGUGACAAGGAGACGGAGAGAGGGAGGAGCCCGUUGAAAGUGUCUACCUCCAACGGCGGUUCGUCAUGUUUUGAAUCCAGGGACACUGAAGGCGGCUGUAACGGCGUCUCCUCCACCAUGAUGGUCACUCAGGACUACUCAGCGCUCAAAGAGAACGAGAUCUGCGUCAGUCAGGGAGAGACUGUACAAAUCCUGGCCAACAAUCAGCAGAACAUGUACCUUGUUUACCGGCCAGCCAACAGCCUGUCGCCUGCCGCAGAGGGCUGGGUGCCGGGACACGUCUUGGGCCCGGCCACAAAGUCCAUAAAAGACUCUUCUUCUACUUCCUCCUUCUCAGCGGCGGUGGCCGAUGCCAACAACAUCAAUUUUACUAACCUCAACGGUUUGACACUCCACAGAAGGAAGUCUCUGUCAUGGAACACACUGCGUGCCAGGAAGCGCGCUGAAGCCAAGGACGUCUCCUCUGUGGGGGUCAGAGGUCAGGAUAAUGGCCUCCUCCGUAAGCCCAAAGAAACCAUGCCCCCUCCUCCACUCGCCUCCCCCGCCACCAGGGCGAAGGGCAAAGAGGUUCACACUUCAGAUGAGUCAGACUGUGAUGACGAUCUUGAUCCAAAGACGGGCAUGGAGCUUCUCAACCCAAACUUCAUCCAAGAAGUGGCUCCAGAGUUCCUCGUCCCUCUGUCAGACGUGGUGUGUGCGUUCGGGGAGACUGUAGUCCUCUGCUGUAAAGUCUGUGGACGACCCAAACCCUCCGUCACCCUGAAGGGCCCUGACCAGAACCCAGUGACCAGUAACAGCCGCUUCACCAUAGACAUCAGGGAUACAGGUGACAUCUUGUUGAAGAUCUGUAAUCUGAUGCCUCAGGAUACCGGGAUCUAUACCUGUGUUGCUGUUAACGACCACGGCUCGGCCUCCUCUUCCGCCUCCAUUAAAGUGCAAGGUAUCCCAGCAGCCCCUGGGAGACCGGUGGCCCAGGAGGCCAGUAGCACGUCGGUGAUGAUCCACUGGCCGCCUCCGGCUUCAUCCGCUCACUGUGCUGUCAGCAGCUACACUGUGGAGUACAGGCAGGAAGACUCAUUGCUAUGGCAGCAGGUGGCCAGCAGCAGAGAGGAGUGUGUUCAGAUUGAUACUCUGAUCCCCGGAGGUCACUAUCAGUUCAGAGUGCGAGCCUCCAACCGCUGGGGCAUCGGCCCGCCGUCCGAGCCCUCAAAUAUGAUCACACUGCCCAGCAGCAACUCUGGCUAUGAUGGAACAGGGAUCCAGUGGAAAGAAAACUUUGAGUCGACCUUCUCUGAGAUCUGUGAGAUUGGAAGGGGACGAUUUUCAGUGGUGAGAAAAUGUCUCAACAAGUCAACAAAGAAAGAGGUUGCGGUUAAGUUUGUGAGUAGGAAGAUGCAGAAGAAGGAGCAGGUGGCUCAUGAGGCGGACGUCCUCCUACAUGUUCAGAAUCCCCAGCUGGUGGCGCUGUUGGACACGUACGAGUCUCCCACUUCUCUGAUGCUGAUCCUAGAGCUGCUGGAGGAUGGUCGUUUGCUUGACUAUCUCGUCGCACACGAUGAGCUGAUGGAGGAGAAAGUGGCAUUCUUCAUCAGAGAAACACUUGAGGCACUGCAGCACCUUCAUACCUGCAGAGUUGCACACCUGGAUCUGAAGCCUGAGAACAUCAUGGUCGACCUCCACACUCCUACCCCGUGCAUUAAGCUCAUCGACCUCGGCGAUGCAGUCCAGCUCUCUGCCCACCGCCGGUACGUCCACCUCUUGCUUGGAAACCCAGAGUUUGCUGCGCCCGAGCUCAUCCGCGGGACGCCGGUCUCUGUUGCGACAGACGUGUGGAGCGUCGGCGUGCUGGCUUACGUGAUGCUCAGUGGCGUUUCCCCGUUUCUGGAUGAAUCACCGGAGGAAACCUGCGUCAACAUCUGCCGUCUAGACUUCUGCUUCCCGGAUGAAUACUUCCGCGAUGUGAGCCAGGCGGCGAGGGAUUUUGUGUCCUCAGUGCUGCAGCAGGAUCCCAGGAAGAGGCCAAGCGCUACUUUCUGUCUGCAGCACCCGUGGGUGGGUCGCGGGGGUGCACACGGUGGGGAGUACUCCAAGACGCCAUUGGAAACAACUCGGUUGGCCACAUUCAUUGAUAGAAGAAGACAGCUGCAUGAUGUUCGGCCCAUCACCAAUAUCAAAGGGCUGGUGAGCAGCAGCAUGGGCAACACGCUGUGACGGAGAGGAGCUCUGGGUGUUUGAACGCUCUAACAAUCCAUCUGUCAUGGCCAGGGCACCCACAACAACAUUAAAAUAUGUAAUAAAAGCAUUUCAUUAUGUUUAGUAUUUAUAACGUGUGAGUGAGAAAGGGAUUUUGUGCCUGAAUCCUUCGUGUAGAGUAAGAUUUAAUCUUUCUGGGACCACUAGGCCAAACUUUUAAACUGAAAAAAUAAUUGAAAUUUAUGGCUGUACCAUACUGAAUUGCUGACUAACACUUCACCUGAUCUUUGUUCACCUAGUAUAAACCAUUACAUGAGAGGCGGGACCUAUAAACUGCCUAGACACCCCUUAAUAACCCAAAGAAAUUAGCUCAAAGUUGAGAAAAUGAGCAUUUAGAAAACACACUGUGAGCAGACAUAAUGGCAACAUAUUAAUUUAUAUUUGUAUUAUUUAUUUUUCCAGGGGCAGAUGAUAUAUUGGAGUUAUUGCUCUUUAAUGUCUUAAGGAGCCGUGUUGUGCUAAUCUUAUCUUGGAUCUGCAGAAGGCUGUUUCAUGUUCACCUGUGGACAAAGUGCUGUUACUCAGGAACACGAGCAGUACUGAGUCCUGCAGAUAUUGGCCUCACUAGCCAACUGGCCAGCAGAAUCCUACUCACUGAGAAGCAUUUUACCACCCAUGCUCAGCUUACAGGCUAUAGCUAACAUAACUGAACAUACUGAAAGGUUUUGUGAGUUUCUGACCACUAGAGGACAAGUUUUGCGAGACAGUGACAUCUUGACAGUGACAGUGUCUGAUAUCAUCAGGUUGGUGAGUAGCAAAAAUGGUUGUGCACAGUGACUAAACUGCUAAUGAUGUAUUUGAAGUCCUCUAGUCUAAUUUGGAUUAGUAUCAUGAGGAACCCUCAUGGAGGAUUAAAGAGUCUGCAGCUUCAACGAGAAUCUGACAGUUAGAGGAGUUAGAAAGCGUUCACCUUCUUUAUGUUGGUUUAGUUGCUGUUCUUAUCCUGGGGUACUUAGUGAGCUGAGCCAAGGUCAUUGUCUUGCUCAAGAACGCUUUGACAGGAUUACUCAAAUUUUGGGAAUUGAUCCCAGGACUGUCACUGCACAUUACUUGAAGCCUGCAUCACACAGUAGCUUCAGUGACAGAGAAGACUAACAUCAUUAGGAAUGGUAAUUUUGAGGAACGGUGUGAUGGAGGGUUUCAGCAGAGACAUCAAGAAUGUUGUGGAAAACGCCACCAAUCAAAUUUGGAUUUAACAAGCAGACUUUUCACUCGAUAUCACGGAUGUUCUGGUAAUUGUGGUGUUGAAUGUGUUUUGAUUUGUUGAUGUGGGACAGGCAAAUUAGUCCAAAUCCCCACUAAUUGAAAACAUUGUAAAUUCUUUUUGCGCUCAGUUUGAUCAUGCUUUGGAAAACACAUGUGAAGUGAUCAAUUCAAGAAUGUGUCUCCUACAUAGCAGCAAACAAGAAAUCUGGACUUAAAAAGCAUAUUUAACGCUUUUCAUCCAUUUGGUAUGAAGCAUAACAGACCACAAAUGCCACCACAGAGGAUUUCUGCAUCGUUUCAUGUUUUCCAACAGUUAACUAUAUAUCAGCAACUGCAAUUUAAACCACCAACCUGGAAAGUUAUUUUUGGACUCUGAACCUUGCUGUCAUAUACCUUUAAUUUAUUGAAUGUUUAUUUAUUCAAAGACUGGGGUUGACAGUGAAAUCAUAUUUGGAAUGGUGACCUGGACCAGUCUGGUCUGCGCUAAGUGGCGUUGACAUGAGAUGACUUAGUCAAACCAAGCUGAAGUCACUGAGCAGCUACCGGACUGUGCAGCAGCUGAGUUUAUGUUGUGAAUAGUGUUGUGGUGAACUGCUGGAGGAGUUUACAUUUAGUCACUGACUUAUACUGAACUGUGCUGGACUGUCAUGAACUACAAUGAACUGGGUUAAAAUGGGCAGUUUGAGCCGACAGCAUCCCUACAUAGAAGGUGGGAAAAAAACAUUGGAUAAACUAAUAAGAGGACGACAGGACUUUGCACAGGAACACAGAAAAGGCACCAUGGAGACUUAAAUCCUUUCUAUAGGACACCUAUAAUUUGUUCGUAUCACUGUUUACAAAAAAAAAUUCCAAAUAAUGCUUAAGUAGUUUACAAGAAAGUAGAAUUAUCAGGGAAAACCUGCAUGUAAAUUCACCAGGGAUGGUUUAGAAAUCAGGUUAGUAAUCUGUCUGUUUCUAUAAAAAAAAUCCUGUGACAGGUGUUAAGGUGGGAAAUUAACUACACCUUGAAACGUUUUUGUUUGUAUUGUGGCAAGUAACCCACCAUAGUGUCCCAUUCUUUGGCUUGUAAAAUAGUUUGUACGGCUGCUGAAUUGAUCUUGGAUUUAGGCAGAAGAGUUAAUUUACUGUCCUGCUUCUAUUGAUGAAUGUAAUUUCUUGUAGAAUGUGUUUUUUUUAGCUUUCACAUGCAUUGCCAUGUUCCCCUAUUUAGCAUUUUGCGUACAACAAAAAUAAGCAUUUAUUUUCAUGCAACCGGGGAUGCAGAAUGGUGCAAGCAAGAAACCCACUGUUUUAUCUCCUUUUAUGUCUAGUACAACAACAUCCAUGGGAACCUGCAAGUGUAAUAGUUUGUGUUUAUCGGUGCAGCUGUAAUAACAUCUGUUCAGGUACUAGUGGAACAGCAGAGUGUUUUGCUGUUUCAUGUCAGUUUCAUCGUCACACAGGGGAAAAUGCAACCAAGCGACCCCUCCAGGUAGCAGUUGUAGGUAGGAAACACAAGAUUUCUCUAUACUGAGGGGUCUGAGAGUCAGUUAUCUCAUCAACAUGGCAGCAAACUCUGUAAACAUUACACAGCGAUACUUUUAACAUGUUUCAAACAUCCAAUACAAAGAACAGCUUUGUGUUAAAUGGUUAAAAAUAAAUAUGAAAAGUACUUUCAGUGAA